AUGGGUACGGAUCGUGCCUUUGAACGCAACGAUGACGAGGGGUUCUGGAAUAUCGACGACGAGCAGUUGCGACCAUGGGCUUACACUAGCAAUGCCCCGAUCGUCACGAGUACGGUAGCGGAAACCGACGAGAAAGCCACGGAAAAGACGACGACCACGACGACGGAAGCCCCGACUACCGUUUCUGAAGCGCCGAAGAAGCCGGACGAGGUUCAAAAACUAUUGACGGACGCGGUGAGCGAUAUCUCGAAUUUGACGCAGGCGCUGGAGGAGGAGCACGGCGAGGCUGAUGGGAAAAAUAGGACAAUCCUCUGGCUCGACGCUAAAUGGAAGGCCGAGGAUCAACAGAUGAACUUGUCGGCCACCGCCGAGUGUCAGGCCUGGCGCGCCCAGUGGGAGCGCGAGAACAACGUGACGGUUGUCGAAAAGGUCGAAGAAGCCGCCGCCACAAACGAGACGAGCUCGGAAAUCACGCAGGAAGAGCUGAACCUCGUCGAAUCCGAGCUGGUCGACAAGAAAAAACGGCUGAAGGAACUGGGGAUGGACGAGGAGCUGUUGAAAGACUAUAAGGCGGUGGGCGUCAUCUGGAAGGAGGUUUGCGGGCUGCAUGAGCGGAAUCUGUGGUUCCGGAAAACGGAGGACGCCAAGAAGAUCGGGGUCACCGAGUUGAGCCCGAUUUGCGAGCCGUUUAAGGAGGAGCUGAACCCGGACACGUCCAAGUUGGCCCAGCUGGCUGAGCGGUUGAACGAGAUUGUGUUCAACGCCACGGAGCUGGGAAUCCACCUUUUCAAUGGGACCAACUCGACCGGCGAGUUGAUCGACGAGACGUUGGAAGUCGGCAUUUUAUCCGACAGCCUAGAUACCGCAGACGCGGACAAAGAUAUCUCCUGGGGCGGCGCCGACCCAAAAGACGAAGAUUGGAGCUGGAAUGAAGCGCAAUCCCACCGUGUUGUGCGCGUCCGCCCCGGUGUCCUGCUGCGCGUCAAGCGCAUGGCCGUCGAGGUGAAGGAGGAGGUCAAAAGCGAGGAAUGGGCUGAUGAAAAGCCAGAACCGCGCGAUUCUGGGGAAUCGUCCACCGAGGUGCUAGUGGUGGAUGAGGAGGGGAAGCCGUUGAACGGGUCCGGAAAGCCGAAUCGCUUCUUCCACCGCUGGAUCGAGAUCGACGCCACAGAGGAGACGAGCCCAACCCUAAGUUUUUUGGCCCCGGAAGCGCUUGAAGCAUUGGGGCUUGAUGUCCCUGCUGAGGCCUACAAACGAUAUGAGAAGGUGAGCCUGUAUCUACCCGGCAUUUGCGCAGAGUACGUUCCAAAGGCGGUCGACGAAUUCGACAGCAGCAACUUUGAAGGCGUUGAAAUUGAGGGCCCCAUCGGCGUAAACAUCACUGCCCUCGAGGCGGCCGGAGUGAAUCUGACAGCCCUCGCCGAAAAACUGCGCAAUGACACCGAAGUGGACGACAUCUUGUCAAGAACGAAUGGCUCCGUCAGG